GUGAAGAUAUUGUUGGUAAAGAAAAAGAAACUGGAACAAUUAGAGUUCGUGUUGAUCCAAAAUAUUUCCGGCCAACUGAAGUUGAUUUAUUACUUGGUAGUCCUGCUAAAGCUCAUAAUCUUCUUGGUUGGAAACGAAAAGUUGAUUUUGAUUCUCUUGUAAAAGAAAUGGUUUUAUCUGACAUUGAAGGUGCUAAAGUUAAUUCUGAAAAUUAG